CCUAUUCCCACACGCGUGAGAAACCCUAGCCUCGCAUGCUCGCACACUCUCCCCCUCUCGCUCUCCCCUCCCCUUUCCCUCUCUCUCCUCCGCCGGACCUUCGCCGGAAAACCCCAACCCCUCUCUUUCUCGAAUAACCCUCAAUUCCACACACACUCUCUCUCUCCUCCUCCCUGUAAUUCUCUCGCUCCGGCCGAUUCGCCGGAAUAUUCUAUCGAGAACGAUGAUGUGUAGAUCUGUGCUCUCUGAGCAGAGGUAGAAUUUGAGAGCUAGGGUUGUGUAUGCCCUGUGAUUGAAGAAAGAUCGUGGAGAGAAGGGAAAUUUCAAGCUUUAACGGUUUCAGAUUUGUAAAAGCCUCGAAGUUGCUAUUUAAGUUGAUACUGUAAGAAAUUCUCAAUUGGGUUUCCACUUGCUUUGAAAGUUUUGAUUGGCUAAUUAUGCAUCAAAUUAAGCAUUAACAAUGGCACUUGGAGCAGAAAGAUCAAUGCACCGUAUCAUUUUAGGGUUAUAAGAGUUUGAGAUUUUCUGCAAAGAGGAACCAUGUCGACGGAGAUGCAUAGAUUUGGAACAAGUGAAGAAGAUGAUGAAGAUACGGGGAUGGAUGUGAAAGAAGAAGAUGAUGAUGAUGACGACGAUGACGAAGAAAAGAAUAAUUCAACUCCGCUGAUGGUAGGUGUUGAUGGGGUACUUGCAUCAAGUGGCAACAACAAUCGCAUUCAGCAGCACCAACAAUUUCAAGAGCACACAUCUACCCAACCGGGGUCUCGAAGGUGUAGACCGAUAGAAGAGAAGGAGAGAACAAAAAUACGAGAACGGCAGCGGAGGGCAGUCACUGCAAAGAUCUUGGCAGGACUUCGAAGGCACGGAAACUAUAAUCUUAGGGUUAGAGCUGAUAUUAAUGAUGUUAUCGCAGCUCUAGCAAGGGAAGCUGGUUGGGUUGUUCUCCCUGAUGGUACCACUUUUCCUUCUGUAUCACAGGGCACCAGACCUGCUGGUGGCGCAUCUACUACACCGAUGACUUCAACAUCUGCACAUAUGCCAAUGCAACAACAGACCCCACCUGCUACCUUGGGAGGAAUAUGUUCGGGCUAUAAGAGUUCAAUGGAAUACAAUGCAUGUCCCACAAAAGGUGUUUUUGUGCCCACUUCAUCUCUUUAUGAUGCAUCCUCAAGUGCUCGGUCCCAUAUGUCUGCUAUGGUCGGAGAUGGAGGAGGAGCAGAAAUUCAUCCUCUUAUUGGAGGCUCCAUGGACACUGUUGAUAGCAAGAAGGUUAUUGAUGUACCCCAAAAGUUACAGGAGCGUGAUUUUGCAGGCACGCCUUGCGUUCCAGUUUAUGUGAUGCUACCAUUGGGUGUCAUCAAUAUGAAGUGUGAGCUCAAUGAUCCAGAUGGUUUAGCAAAGCAACUAAGAGUAUUGAAAUCAGUCAAUGUUGAUGGUGUUAUGGUUGAUUGCUGGUGGGGUAUAGUAGAAGCACAUGCUCCACAGGAAUACAACUGGAAUGGUUACAAGAGGCUGUUUCAGAUUGUGCGUGAGCUUAAGCUCAAGUUACAGGUUGUAAUGUCCUUUCAUGAAUGUGGAGGCAACGUUGGUGAUGAUGUUUGUAUACCACUGCCACAUUGGGUGGCAGAAAUCGGUCGAAGCAAUCCUGACAUAUUUUUCACAGAUAGAGAGGGAAGGCGCAACCCUGAAUGUCUGUCAUGGGGAAUUGACAAGGAACGUGUUUUAAGAGGCCGGACUGCUGUAGAGGUUUACUUCGACUACAUGAGAAGCUUCCGGGUUGAAUUUGACGAGUUCUUUGAGGAUGGUAUAAUCUCUAUGAUUGAAGUUGGACUAGGUCCAUGCGGGGAGCUACGAUACCCAUCAAAUCCCGUAAAGCAUGGUUGGAGAUAUCCAGGUGUCGGUGAAUUCCAGUGUUAUGAUCAGAAUUUGUUGAAAAGCCUGAGGAAGGCAGCUGAAGCAAGGGGACACUCUUUUUGGACACGAGGACCAGAUAAUGCAGGUUCCUACAAUUCCCGGCCACAUGAAACCGGAUUUUUUUGUGAUGGAGGUGAUUAUGAUGGCUAUUAUGGCAGGUUCUUCCUCAGUUGGUACUCUCAAGUUCUAGUUGACCAUGGUGACCGGGUACUUUCUUUGGCCAAGUUAGCUUUUGAAGGCACUUGCAUUGCUGCAAAGCUAUCAGGUAUUCAUUGGUGGUACAAGUCAGCCAGCCAUGCUGCUGAAUUAACUGCUGGAUAUUACAACCCGUGCAAUCGUGAUGGUUAUGCAGCAGUUAUGGCAAUGUUAAAGAAGCAUAGGGCUGCUGUAAACUUCAUGUAUGCUGAAUGGAGCGUGUUAGAUCAGCAUGGGGACUUGUCAGAGGCACUAGCAGAUCCCGAAGGGUUAGCCUGGCAAGUGCUAAAUGCUGCAUGGGAUGUUUGCAUACCAGUUGCUAGUGAAAAUGCUCUUCCAUGCCAUGACAGAGAAGGCUAUAACAACAUUUUGGAAAGAGCCAAGCCCUUGAAUGAUCCAGAUGGGAGGCAUUUUUGUGCUUUUACCUACCUUAGACUUGGCCCACUUCUCAUGGAAACACAGAACUUCGUGGAAUUUGAACGAUUUGUCAAGAGAAUUCACGGGGAAGCAGUUCUUGAUCUCCAUUCAUAGUUCAAAUGAAGAACAGUUUUCUUGACCUCUGUAUCAUGAUUUCUCCAUUCAUUGUCAUUGCAGUGGAAGCAGUUCUUAUUUUGAUCCACCUCUGUAAAUGAAACAGCCAAUGAAAAGCAUGGCUACCCUUCUUGGACCCAAGUUUCUUGCAGUGUCCGCUAACUUAGACUGACAUGUUAUCUGGUCAAAUAUCUGAAUUGCAAGCACAAUCCAUCGAUUGGAGUUCAUAAGCAAGACGACAAAGUGUGCUUUUUGGUUGGUAUCUCAUUGACCUGGAUGACAUUUCAUGCAUUGUUAUUUGCUAAGUAGCUAAGGGUGAUAGAGUUGGAAAGAGAAUGAAGCUGGAUCUCGAACUUCAUUUUAUUUAUCGGUACCCAUUUAUGCUGAUGUUUGAUUCGCAGAUAAGAGGGAAGGAUAGGACUAUUUCAUCAUGGGAUAAAAUUAUCCCACUUUUGGUUCUAUUUUUGUGACCGGGGUAAGGCUUUUGUUGUGAAAUGACUAGCAUGGCCGCCCACUUUAACCUAUCUGUGAAUCAAACAUGGCCAUUGUAGCAGGAGGUAGAAGGUUCUUGUUCAAGUCAGUCACUUUAGGUAAUUUAAGUUGGGUGUUUGAUAAGAAGUUACUGUGGCCCGGUGUAGCAGAUCAAGAUUAAUUUUUGCGUUUAAAUUUUUUUUGAACUUGGAUGAAUGAUUGUAACUCACAUUAUUGUAGGGAAUUUAUUUUGAUUUCAAGAAAGCAAACUCUCUAUACAUGUGAUUCAUUGUUACCCAAAUCAGAUUGUAAUUUGUUCAAAUCUCAAGCUGUUUUAUUUUGAUCA